AGAGGGAUGCGGGCGGCAGAGCGCGAGAGGCGGCUGCGGGGCUGCGGGGUGCUUUGAUUCCCUCCACCCUGCCUCCGCGGGCUCCCCCUCCUCCGGCCCUUGGACUCGGUUCCUCUGCACCCUCCCCGGGCUUUCGGCUUCCCCACAGCCCACUCCCUAUGGCAGCAGCUUGCCGCGUCCGCGGCGCAGUUUCGCAGCGAACCACCCUGUGGCUCCCGGGACUGAGCCGGGUCGCUGGAUGUUGCUGAAACUCUGGAGAUCAUGCCUGGGUUUGACUGCGGCUUCCCCGCCAGGUGCCACUGCCGCCGCCACCGCCGUCCGCGGGAUGCCCAGUAGCCCGCUGCCUGACUACCGCGAUCCUGUGUUGCUCGGAAGCCGUUUGCUGCUGCAGAGUUGUGCGAACUAGUCAUGGUGCUGUGGGAGUCCCCGCGGCAGUGCAGCAGCUGGACACUUUGCGAGGGUUUUUGCUGGCUGCUGCUGCUGCCGGUAAUGCUACUCCUUGUAGCUCGCCCGGUGAAGCUCGCAGCUUUCCCUACCUCCUUAAGUGAUUGCCAAACGCCUACCGGCUGGAACUGCUCCGGUUAUGACGAUAGAGAGAAUGAUCUCUUCCUCUGUGACACCAACACGUGUAAAUUUGAUGGGGAAUGUUUGAGGAUUGGAGACACUGUGACUUGCGUCUGUCAGUUCAAGUGCAACAGUGACUACGUGCCUGUGUGUGGCUCCAAUGGGGAGAGCUACCAGAAUGAGUGUUACCUGAGACAGGCUGCAUGCAAACAGCAGAGUGAGAUUCUUGUGGUGUCCGAAGGAUCAUGUGCCACAGAUGCAGGAUCAGGAUCUGGAGACGGAGUGCAUGAGGGCUCUGGAGAAACCAGUCAGAAGGAGACAUCCACCUGUGAUAUUUGCCAGUUUGGUGCAGAAUGUGAUGAAGAUGCUGAAGACGUCUGGUGUGUGUGCAACAUUGACUGUUCUCAAACCAACUUCAAUCCACUCUGUGCUUCUGAUGGGAAAUCGUAUGAUAAUGCAUGUCAAAUCAAGGAAGCAUCGUGUCAGAAACAGGAGAAAAUUGAAGUCAUGUCUUUGGGUCGAUGUCAAGAUAACACAACUACAACUACUAAAUCUGAAGACGGACAUUAUGCAAGAACAGAUUAUGCAGAGAAUGCUAACAAAUUAGAAGAAAGUGCCAGAGAACACCACAUACCUUGUCCAGAACACUACAAUGGCUUCUGCCUGCACGGGAAGUGUGAGCAUUCUGUCAAUAUGCAGCAGCCAUCUUGCAGAUGUGAUGCCGGAUAUACUGGACAACACUGUGAAAAAAAGGACUACAGUGUUCUGUACGUUGUCCCUGGUCCUGUGCGAUUUCAAUAUGUCUUAAUUGCGGCUGUCAUUGGGACGAUUCAGAUCGCAGUCAUCUGUGUGGUGGUCCUCUGCAUCACAAGGACCAAACUUUAGGUGAUCACUUUGGACUAAGAUUUGUAAACUUUCCAACCUUCUAGGAAAUGCCCCAGAAGCAACAGAAUUCACAGACAGAAGCAAAAUACAGGGCACUACAGUUCAGACAACACAACAAGAGCGUCCACAAGGUUAAUCUAAAGGGAGCAUGUAUCACAGUGGCUGGACUACCGAGUGCUUGACUACACAAUACAGUAUUACAGACAAAAGAAUAAGACAAGAGAUCUACACAUGUUGCCUUGCAUUUGUGGUAAUCUACACCAAUGAAAACAUGUACUACAGCUAUAUUUGAUUAUGUAUGGAUAUAUUUGAAAUAGUAUACAUUGUCUUGAUGUUUUUCUGUAAUGUAAAUAAACUAUUUAUAUCACACAAUAUAGUUUUUUCUUUCCCAUGUAUUUGUUAUAUAUAAUAAAUACUCAAUGAUGAGAAAAAAAAUGGCAUUGUUAAAUUUGCGGUACUUUAUAACUGUAAAUAUAACUAGAUAGCAAAAUAUGUGGAAGUAACAGCAUUUCAUCUUUUUUCACAUCUUCAGACAGUACAUAAGUUCACACAGGACUGAGCAGCUAGGUUUUGAGUGGUUCCAAGUUCAAGGGAAAUGAUGGUUAUUGGAAACGAGAAAAAAUAAUUUACUUUAUAUCGAGUGAAGAUAAAAUAUUUCAGAUCUUUGAAUCAUCUUAUUUCAUCUUUCUUCCCCAGCCUUCUAUUUUCAAUCUAAGAGCAGAAAAAUCUCUGGCAUAUAAAUUAAAUCAAAGAAGAAGGGAAUGGAAAAUGUUUUAUAUCUCAUAAAGGAGAGGGAAAAGAUAUUGCUUUAUAUUUGGAAAUAUUUUAGAUUCUCAGUUAACUACAUAUAUCCAAAGGCUCUAAGCAAGUUGCAAGUUACAUAUUAGGUAUACCUAAGCAACAAAAAUCUAUGCAAUUUAGAUAAGUGGGGAAUUAACAACUAAUAAAAAAUGUAAUUAACAAAAUGAAAUGUGAAACAUCAAAAUUGUGACUUCUUAGGAGCAUCUUGCCAUAUUUGUAGUGGAAGGUUCUGGGAAUGAAAUUGCACUUGCAAACACUCCACAAAUAGUUUUUGGUUAAUGCAUCAGCAGGAUUUGAAAUGAAACUAAGAUGUUGACAUUAUUUCAUAAAAAAAAACAGAGAAAUCUGUUUUGAGUGUUUUUACGUAUUGAAAUAAGAAAAACAAUUAAUUCCAUAGAAUCUAAAAGACCUUGUAGGGAAGUUGGUAUGAGUUUUUGCUUGAGUAUACAAACACAUGUGAUCACUUUAUUUGGAAAACAGUCAACUGAAAAGUCUCAAAAUAUUGUCAUUUAUCUCUGCACAGCUUUGGAUGACUAAUAUGAGUAAAACUAAAUAAAGCCCUGUCUCCUUCAAA